AUGUCAUCAUUAUUUGAAAGUCGUGAUUCAUUUUCAAAUUUUCCUCCACUAGCAAAAGCAAUAAAACUUUCUUCGAGUUUGAUUUGUGAUCGUCCGGCAAAAGAAAUACAAAUUCAUUUAAACGAUUUAAUACAUUCAAUAAGUCAACAAAUUUCGAUUAUAACUUCAAUACCAAAAAGAACAACUUCUUUGUCAUCGGAUCCUUUCAGAGCCAGCAGAACGCCCAGCCUUACAUCUACAACUCCAAGAUCUCCCAUGUCACCAACCACACCUCGAGCUCCAACGGCUUUACAUCCCAAAUCUUCCGUAACCUUCUCAUCAAUUCAUAAUUCUAUCGAUGAUAAUUUAUCACAUAAGCAAAUCACAAAACCUUAUCAUUGGGCAACACUUUAUGUACUAAUAAAAAUAUGUUUAACGGAUUUAGAAUACUGGGAAAAAGGGACAGGACAUCCUGAAGGUCGAAUUUCUGAUAUGUUUUAUUCUCAUCCAAAAUUAUUAUAUAUGUGUCGAGAAACUAAAUUAAAAGAUCAGAGAAAAUUAAUCGAAAACAUCUUGACGGAUUUAGGCAAAAUGAAAGAAAAUGUUUAUAAAUUGCUACGAACAAAAAACUGA